CAUUCGCUCAUGGGUAUACCAUGAACAUGGUACAUCCAGGUGUAGUAUAAAUAUUUUCAUGUGGUUCUAUCAUAUUCAACUUAUUUUCAAUCCUUAUAAAAAACAAAUAAAAAUAAAAGUAAAAAAUAAAAUUUGAUACCUUCCAAAAUAAAUUUUAAUAAGUUUAGACUUCAGACGAAUUCGAUUUAAGUUCGAAUCCCCUCCCUCGUUUGUACUUCGUAUGUUGCCUAAUCACUUUGUGGAACUAAAAAGUUUGACACUUUGAGUGCACUUGGAAAUUUCUGUCAAGGGAAGUGAAGGGCGAAGAAGAAAAAAGAUGGAGGGACUAAAGAAAUUGGAAGAAAUACAGAGAAUGUUGUUGUUCAUGGAAUCCGAGGGCUUUAUUUCUGGGUCCUUCUCCUUCACCUCUUCUCACUCUGAUUCUCACCGCUUUCUCGCUCAGUUUCUCCUCUUUCUGAUGGAACCCAGUGGAAAACUCAGUAUUCACAAUAAAUGCACUUUGAUUUCCCAACAUUUGCCUAAGAUUUCGCCGCGGUUUCUCGAAAAAGCACUAGUGGUUCUGCCUGGGGAGCAGACGGGUAUCCUGGAUGAUUCAUUGUCUGUUGACCUGAAUAGGGAGGACGCUAAUGGUGGCUGCCAUGGGUUAGGAACAAAUUAUGCUAGUGCAGACGUGGCUUUAAUUGGGUUAGACGCGAUGCAACGAGCAAAUUCCACUCUUGAAGACUUUUGUCGAUCUUACUUUAUGUUCCAUGGGAUGGAUGUGAAAAGUCCAGCAUCCAUAUUCAAAUACUUACCCAUGCUUUCUUUCACUGAAAGCUUUAUCUACCAGUUGGACACUUUGAAUGAGAAGAUGGUUAAUGUAACCAUGAACAAAGUUAUUAUUCGGGAUGGAAGAUCCAAUGAAUUUAUCCAGGAAGCGUAUACUACCCUGGCAUGCAGCUUCAACAAAGAUUUUGAAUCAGAUCCAUUUCGGCCACUUACACUUCUGCUGCAGUAUCAUGGGUUGCUGACAGAGAGGAUUAGAGAAGAACUGAAGUAUGGAGAGGAGUACUGGGAUUUAGAAAGGAGGCUUUGUGGUGCAUCAGAACAAAUUUCAAUUGAAGAUGUCAUGAGGGCUAUUCAUCUCAAAUCUUUUGAUUAUCGGGUUCUAAAUCUUCUUUUGUAUCAACUACGUGGAGAAGAGGUUGAUGAUCUGCAUAUGGAGUUUUUGACAGUCUCUGAAUUUCUAGUGGAGAUAUCAGAUGAUCUGUUCGACUAUGAGGAGGAUGUGCUGGAGAAUAAUUUUAAUGUCCUGCGGAUGUUCAUCAGAAUAUAUGGCCCUUCUGCAGCCCCAACCAUGCUAGCUAAAUAUAUUACUGAGGCUGAAGAGAAGUAUGAGAAACUGUCACAAGCUUUGGAUCCCCAGAUUUGUUUGAGUUACCAAAAAAGAUGUGAAGAAGCCACCAGAGAAGGUGGGAAGAUAUCCGGAUAUUCUCUCGGAUCAUGGAGUAUACCACCUUUAAUCGUAGAUGAAGAACUAUAUAGAUCUAGCAUGCAAAAUUCUCCUUAAUUUACUGUUCUUGGAUGCGACAAUUUGACAAGCUAACACGGGCUGUUUUGGAGAUUGACACAUAAGAUGUAACUGCUCUGGCAAUAUAGUUCAAUAGUUUUGUAGGAUACUGGAUAUCUUUGCUACGAUGAGCAGCCUCUUCUCUGGUCAAACUCUUGUGUAGUCGGUCGUUCUUUUUGCUGCUUUGCCCAGAGAUUGGGGAAAGAAAAGGAAGCUUUGCGAAUAUUACUUGUCCAAUUCUUAAUGCAAUAGUAAAGCGCAUACCCAAGUGAAGGGCUUUGCAGCACAUCAUUGUGGCAAAUGGGAUCAGGCAAAUCUAUUCUGCAUAUUCUCCA